AUCUGAACAGCGACAUGGACCGUGCCCAGGCGCUGACGGUGCCCGAAUUUGACGUACAUCAGUCCCCCAACGUCACUGCCCGGGUGAACGGGUCGGCUCUGCUCACUUGCCGCAUACGGAACGUCGGCAGCCGACAGGUAGUAUCGUGGGGCCGCUCGCUGGAGCUGCUCACCACCGGGCAGAUCGUGUUCGCCGGUGACGGUCGGUUCGAGCCGCUGCACCAGCCGCACUCGGAGGACUGGGCGCUGCGGGUGCUGGCCGUGCAGCCGCAGGACGCCGGCCGGUACUUCUGCCAAGUCAGCACCACCCCGCCCGUCACACACUUCAUCCAUCUGUCGGUGGUUGAGCCGCGAGUAGAGAUAAUCGGCGGUCCCGAGCUCUACAUCGACAGGGGGAGCAGGGCCAACCUCACCUGCGUCAUCACAAAGGCGCACAAGGUGCCGAAACACGUCCGGUGGACGCACGACAACAAGUUGGUGCAAUUUGACCGGGCACGGGACGGAGUCAACGUCAAGAUAUCUUACGAGCGAGAUCGCACGAUCAGCUUUUUCAGCAUCGACCGGGUCCUGCCGUCUGAUUCGGGCGCAUAUUUCUGCGAUCCUGAUGGCCUCAGUCAGGUCAAAGUCAUCCUACACGUACUCAACGGGGAGCACCCAGCGGCCAUGCAGACGGGCGGGGUCGGCCAGGCCGCGGCACCCGUCCUCCUGCUUCUCUCCGCCAUCAUCAACCUCUACUCGGCCUGCUUCGCUGUGUAGUAGCUACUGCGCUCCGGCCGCUGUGACUUCAUAUUGCCUGUGGUGCAAUAUGUGGGGGACUCCACUACGGAAGCGCGUUCCGUGGUGCAAUGUGUAGGGGAUUCCACUACCAACGCGUGGUCCGUGGUGGAUUGUGUGAUGGAAACAUUGUCGAACUUCAGAGGAAGUUUGGGCGCCCGAUAAAGCGUAAACUGAUCGGAGAGUGAUGCGUUGCGCUCGGUGCAUAUUCCAACGAACCGAUUUACGAUGGAAGCUGCGCCGUAAGUCCGGUGAGAAUAUCGGUGUGCCGCGCAGUCCCUCGUCGUCGUAAGGUCGUGUGCCGACGAUGGAAUUCAUUCAGGACAGCGACGAGUCUCGCUCGGCGUACCGCAAUCAUCCGCAUCACUUCACGAGUGGUUGUGACGCGUGUGAUGAGAAGGAACCACAGAUCGUGGCCUCAACCGGCGCUAAUCGCUCGCUGACCGUUCGCCACGGAUUGUGAAUAUGUGACGUGUGGCUAUGAGGUGGGAAAGGCACGUCUUGCUGCUCGGCGCUGGCCGUGAGACGUUCGUGACAUUGUCAGCAAUUUCUGUCAGUCUCAUCCGGUGGCAAACCGUCAGGCAUAUGUCCGUGUCGUAUAUUCAAUCAGCCCAAUGAAACUCACAGCGGCCAGGAGCGCACACACGCAUAUAGCUGGCGUUGCGCGGUUCGCCGCGUUACGGUGUGCACUUUUGUCUGGUCCAGGAUCUCGUACUGUGCAGGCUUUCAUUGUGCGGGUGAUGUGUGUGCUGCACUGUAGCGUACUCGUUUGUAUGUACUCAUGUGGGUGGGUGGGCGUUUGUGUGCGUGUCUGUUAAGGACCGGAUGUUUGAUGAUGUGUUCAUUUGGAGCGAUGUGUGCUGUGACAGGCGUCCAAAGAAUGUCUUAAUGUGUCUGUAUGUACAUACUGGCGCAAUCGGCGGAGAGACAAUGCGCGCAGGGCUUUGAUAGGAUUAACAACAUAUCGCCGAGGUUAUUAGAAUCAAGGAAUUGAGCGCUGCACUUACGAAGUGGGCAUACUUUAGUAUGGAGCACAAAUGAAGUAACCGUUUUAGAAAGCUUAAACGUUAUUGUUGGAUGAUUUGGUGCGAGUAACCUGAAAUGCCAAAGCGACUCAUCAUUGAUAGAACCGUAUCACUUGAAGACCGCAAGUGGUAUUAUGUAAAGAUCUAAAUGUAUUUGACAUUCCAAGCUUGUUAAUUGUUUUUGAUAGCAUUUUUGCGAUGAAAACCAGAUACUAUCGAAGUCCGCGGAAAUAUUCGUUUACAAUUAAUGAUAACAAAGCUGUAAUGGCAUUAAGGUACAAGUGUACAGUCAUAUUUGUUCAGAUAUAUGUCCCAUAAAAUCGCCAUUAACAGCUUGAAAACUGAACUAGAAAAUAGAUUCAAAGGCUUAUACUUCACAGCUAUUUGCUGCCCAUAAUCCAUGCAAUACCAUCACCAAUAACCGUGACUUGAAGCGUGAUAUAAUUUAUCAGGUAUCCUGGGCCAUCAAUAUUCCAGACUAGCGGAAAGCGGUCUUUGGCAAAUGUUCAGGAAAGCUCGAUGUUAAAUGGCAUUUCUGACACCUCCCAUUGGUUCUGAACAGACGAAAUUGCAAAAACGAAUGCACACGGAACUGUUGUUUUGCCACCAGUGUGAAUGCAUACAUUCGGUUACACACAAUGCGAUCGUAUUUCGAAGAAUAAAAUGGAAGAGGUAGGUAUUAUGGUAAGUGCGAGUGAUAGGCUCAGAUGCUGGGACAUGUGUCUCUGGAACCAUGCAAGCCUUCGGUCUUCACUGUUUGCGGUAUGUGUUCCAAUGGGUGAGAGACUGCAGCCUUUGUUAUUACCAAAAAGGAACUACUGUAAUUCCAUCAGUGAGUGGUGAAUUGUUCAAGUAGUUAUCUUACUUUGAUAAUUAUCAUUCAUCAAUCAAAUCAUGCGUUUAGUUGUUGGUUGUUAAAUAUGUUUUGUCUGUCUAUUGCUUCAACGCAGCCAUGUCACGCUUAUGUAGCGCAUGCAGAAGCAUUUUCCAAGGUACUUACCUAUUGUUCUCGUAAGUACUGCGGUACUAUAAUUGUGAUAUGUAAACUGAUUUAUUCUGAUGCUCACAUAUGGCCUAAGUAGUUCCUAGGUAAAGUAGCAUUGAUUUGCUUGCGAGGUAGUUAUUUACCUGAGGUUUAUUUACGGUCGCAUAUCUAUAAUUAGUGUCGUUUCCGAUGUAAUACAGGCGUUUCUAGAAAACAUUUCUUGAAUGCCCUAAAUUCAUUGUUCCAUCACUCGCCAGCCGUAUGAGCUAUUUCCUGGAAGUGCCGCAUCGGGGCAAAUUUGUCAUGCCAUCUGGAUCGCGGGCGAUAUGGUUGUGCUUUGCAUUGUUGUUGUUUUCAAUGUGUCACUUGUCCGUCGCGGUCGUGCCUGAAUGGGUAUGUUUGUGCGUGUGUGUGACAUUGUUUACGGUACAAAUGUAUGAAAUGCGUGGUUCGACUUGUCACUCAACGGAACAAAUAAAAGCAAAAGGUACGGAAAAGAUA